AGAGUGUGCGGAUCUCGAGAUCGAGUCCGUACUUUCCUCGUACUUUCCUCGGCAGGGCAUUUUAUCUUCAGACACAAAUCCUCUCUGUCUCUCUCUCUUACAGAGCAACUUCAAGUUCAAGACAUUCUCUCUUUCUCACUCCUGUUCGAUCCGAGAGUUGCUGCGUCGAUCAUGGAGGGCCGCGAUGUCGAGAUCCCUCAGUACUUCCUCUGUCCGAUAUCCUUGCAGAUCAUGAAGGACCCCGUGACGACCGUGACCGGCAUAACCUACGAGCGUGAGAGCAUCGAGAAGUGGCUGUCGAGGUCCUCUGGCCGUGGCGGCGGGGCGGCCGCGUGCCCCGUCACCAACCAGCCGCUGCCUAGGGCUUCCGGCCUCACGCCGAACCACACGCUCCGCCGGCUCAUCCAGGCGUGGUGCGUCGGCAACGCGGCGAGCGGCGUUGACCGGAUCCCAACCCCCAAGCCGCCCCUCGACAAGGCUCGCGUCCUGAAGUUGCUGAACGAGCUCGCGGCAGAGCGAUUGAUGUUCGAGGCGACGAAGAAGUUGGAAGAACUGGCGGAGGAGAGCGAGCGGAACCGGGCGUGCAUGGUCGAGGCUGGGGCGGCAAAUGCGAUGGUAGGGGUCAUAUUGAAGUGCUUCAAACAAAGCAACACGACGUGCCUCGACGAGUCUUUGAGGAUCCUCAAUUCGAUAUGGAGCCCCACGACAGAACUCAAGAAUCUCGUCAAGGAAAAUCACGACUUCAUCGAUUCGUUGGCAUGGGUGCUACAUGUCCAAACGGGCUAUCCCGGCAUUGAAUCGAAGACUCACGCGUUGGCUAUAAUGAAAAAAGUGAUGGAGAUCGCGAAUGUUAGCUUACUAGAGAGAAUGAAGCUUGACCUCAUCGAGAGCUUAGUGAAGAUAUUGAGACACCCAAGGAUGUCUCAACAAGGUAUCAAAUCAGCCCUACUAGUCCUAAUCGACGCAUGCCCUUGGGGGAGGAACCGGUCCAAGAUGGUCGAGGCCGGGGUGGUCUUUGAGCUCGUGGAGGUCGAGCUUGGGAAGCCCGAGAAGCGGGUCAGCGAGCUGGCCUUCAACCUCUUGGCCCAGCUGUGCUCCUGCGCUGAUGGGAGAGCGCAGCUCCUGAGACACGCGGGAGGGGUGGCAAUGGUUGCGAAGCGGACGCUCAGGGUCUCCCCGGCCGUGGACGACAAGGCAGUGCAGGUCCUCGCGCUCGUGUCCAAGUUCUCGGCGACGGGCGAGGUCGUGUCGGAGCUGCUGAGGGUCGGCGCGGUGUCGAAGCUGUGCAUGGUGCUGCAGGCGGAUUGCCCGGCGUACUUGAAGAGCAGAGCGAGAGCGGUUCUCAGGAUGCACUCCAACGUGUGGAACAAUUCUCCUUGUAUUCAAGUGUAUCUUCUAACAAGGUUUGCUAGGUAGCAUUAUUAGGUAUGCACAUAUGGUUUUUUUUUUUUUUUUUUUAAGUUUACGUGUUUGAUCUUAUCAUAAUCUGUUUGAAUUUUAAUGGAAGGACUCUAUAAGAGACUAUAAAACAAAUCUCUUCUGACUUUGAAUGAGUUCUAUUUAUAGGAAUAGUCAAAGUUGCUGACUUGU